CCACCGGGUACCAAGCUGGUCGUUGUGGUGGACAGAUGUGGGCGCAGUAUGCUUGCACCUGUGUCCCUGAGGAAGGGUGUGGGCGGGAGCACCUUAGAUUUGGGAGUUCUGAGAGGACACCUGGCCCAACCCCUUCAUUUUCACAUAAAGAAAUGACGGCAGUAAGCACUCUGACACACCAGGCAGUACUUGUCUGCUUAACCCUCACACUCUAGGAAAUGGGCCCCCUCCUCAUCCCCAUUCUACAGAAGGGGAAACUGAGGAAUGAGGCACCUGACCAAGGUCUGGGAGUAGAACCAAGGCCAAUUGGCUCCAGUAUGUUUCCUGAAUUCCUUCCCACAGCGCUGUGUGUCCUGCUGAUUCUGUUGGAAGAUGGACCCCAGAGCACCAGGGCCUCUGCCUGUCGCCGGCCAUGCCCUGCAAACUCCUCAUGUGUCAAUGGCACUUCCUGUCGCUGUAACCCAGGAUUCAAAUCUGUAUCUGGGGAAAUCAACAUCGACCACAAGGAUGCUUGUGAAGACAUUGAUGAAUGUGAACAAGGCAAGCCAGGGACUCUCUGUGGAAGAGUCGCAGAGUGCCAUAACACGGAGGGGAGCUACUACUGCACAUGCAUCCCAGGACACAGGCUUGUUUCUGGGGCAGCAAAGUUCAGUAAUGCGAGUGAGAACACGUGUCAAGAUGUGGAUGAAUGUACCUCAGGAGAACAUUCCUGCCACAAUUCAACCCAAUGCAACAACACCAAGGGCAGCUAUGAGUGCCGCUGCCGCCCUGGCUGGAACCCGGUUCCUGGGUCCCCCAAUGGCCCAAACAACACCGUCUGUGAAGAGAUCUUCCCCACCUGGAUCCCGCCCCCUGGAAUCAAGAGCCAGAGUCUCUCUCACUUCUUUGAAAGAGUCCAGGACCUGCACAGAGACUUCAUGUCUGCCUCGGCCCAGGACACCAUCCAGGACAUCAUACAGGAGGUGGAUAAUCUCCUGGAGAACCCUGGGGACCUGCUUACUCUGCCCCAUUCAGAGCAGCACUGUGUGGCCACUAACCUGCUGACUGGCCGGGAGCACGUCCUGAGAGAGCUGAGCAAGGCCCUGCCCAAUGGGCCACUGACCUUCAGGACAGCUGCAGGAUCAGAACUGUCCCUGGAGGUAAAGGAGCAAGGAGACAAGAAUGUCACCCUGAGCAAUAAUCAGGCAAAGAUGCUGGUGAACUGGGAUGUGGUGCAGGACUCAGGUGACUCAGGCCCUGCUGUAGUGGGCCUUGUCUCCUCUCCAGGAAUGGGCAAGUUGCUGGUUGGGGCCCACCUGGUCCUGGAAACUGAGGCGCAGUCAGUUCUGAAUGAGACACACAAGGGCCUGCUGCAGAAAGACUCCCCCGUCCUGCUCUCAGAUGUCAUGUCUGCCUUUGUGAGCAACAAGGACACUCAGAACCUCAGCUCCCCAGUCACCUUUGUCUUCAAGCAUGUGAGUGCUGUGAUGCCGGAGCCAAGGCAGAAGGUGUUCUGUGUUUUCUGGGAGCCUGGCCAGAUGGGGUGUGGUCAUUGGUCCUCCAAAGGCUGCUGGAUGGUGGGCACCAGAGACACCAGCACCACUUGCCAAUGCAGCCACCUCAGCAGUUUUGCCAUCCUCAUGGCCCACCAUGAUGUGAAGGAAGAGGAUCCCGCCUUGGUUGUGAUCACCUAUGUGGGGCUGAGCCUCUCUCUGCUGUGCCUCCUCCUGGCGGCCCUCACCUUCCUGCUGUGCAAAGCCAUCCAGAACACCAGCACCUCAGUCCACCUGCAGCUCUCACUCUGCCUCUUCCUGGCCCACCUGCUCUUCCUCAAGGCCAUUGACAGAACUAAGAACAAGGUGCUGUGCGCCAUCAUCGCGGGUGCCUUACACUAUCUCUACCUGGCCUCCUUCACCUGGAUGCUGCUGGAGGGCCUGCACCUCUUCCUCACCGCACGCAACCUGACGGUGGUCAACUACUCCAAUGUGAGCAGGUUCAUGAGGAAGUUCAUGCUCCCUGUGGGCUACGGAGUCCCAGCUGUGAUUGUGGCCAUUUCUGCAGCAUCCAGGCCUUGCCUUUAUGGAACACCUACACGCUGCUGGCUCCACCCAGAAAAGGGAUUUAUAUGGGGCUUCCUCGGACCAGUCUGUGCCAUCCUCUUUGUCAAUCUAGCUUUCUUUCUGAUGACCCUCUGGAUUUUGAAAAGCAAACUCUCUUCGCUCAACAGUGAUGUGUCCACCCUCAAGAAUACAAGGAUGCUGACAUUUAAAGCGAUAGCUCAGCUCUUCAUCUUGGGCUGCACAUGGUGUCUGGGAAUCCUGCAGGUGGGUCCAGCUGCUCACGCCAUGGCCUAUCUCUUCACCAUCAUCAACAGCCUGCAGGGCGUCUUCAUCUUCCUGGUGUACUGUCUCCUCAACCAGCAGGUCCGGGAGCAAUACAGGAAAUGGUGGAAAGGAGUCAGGAAAACCAAAGCUGACUCUGAGAAGUACACACUCUCCAGCAGAGCCAUGUCAGAUGUCCCUAAACACAAUGUGGUAAAAGAUGAUGGAAUGACAGCAGAAAGGAGAAAAUUAAGUCAAUUCUAAGAAAACUAAAGAACAACAUGACUCAGUUACAAAUAACUUUGUGUGUGGCUUGUUCCAUCCAUCCAUCCAUCCAUCCAUCAUCUUUGAAGCAAGUCAACCUGCCAAGUGUUGAGGAUCACCACUGCCCACUUCUCCAUAUCUUAAUUUUUCUUUCCAAAUUUCUGCCUGCUCCAGCCCUACCUGUGCAAUACACAUUGCUAUGUCCAUGUGCUUUGGCUAUCAGUUACACAAAAAUGAAUAUAGCAAGUUCCUUGCCAUCAGGGCACUCAUGUUCCAUGGCAGUGUUACUCAAAAUGUGGUGCAUGAACUGGUAUUGGCCCUUGAGGAAAAAAGAACCUUGGGAUAGACUGUAAAUCAACAACAUCACUAAGCUUUAGUUCAACUGACAUUUAUUCCAUAACAAGAUUUUAUCAAUAAAGGAAGCAGUGUGUUGUGUAACUUUCUGGUGCAAGCUCCUGCUCUCCAUGCAGACUGUCACCACUGCUGAGUACUGGUCUAGAGUCUUCUUUCAAAGUAGAUUUCAUGACAAAUGUCAAAACCAAUUGAUAAGGCCUAGCUGUAUGGUUCUGUUAAUGUUGAAGAGAGAGACAACGGAGUUGGUCUCAGAGAUAUUUUGAAAAUGCUACCCAGCUGGCUUUAAAGAUGGGAGAAGGAACAUGAGCCAAGGGAUGUGGGGGGCCAGGAGCACUAACAGGCAUUAGAAACAGACCCUCUCCUGAGCCUCUAGAAAAACCAUAGCCUGCACACCCCUGGAUUAGUCAGUGAGACUCAUUUCAAGCUUCUGAGAGCUACACUGUAAGAGUCUAUGUUUGUUUUAAACAACUAGCAUGGGAAUACUUUACUGCAGCUAUAAGAUUCUAAUAGAGAGACUUAUUCAAUAAAAUUUGUCUGAGGAAA